CCCGCCGCCCCCGGCCGCAGGCUCCGUCGGGGGCGGACUGCCGGAGCAGCCCCGAAGUUUGUGGAGCGGCCGGCGCCGGGGCCAUGUGGCUGCUGUGGCUGCUGCUGGGCUCGGCGGAGAGCCAACUGUUGCCUGGGAAUAACUUCACAAAUGAAUGCAACAUUCCUGGAAACUUCAUGUGCAGUAAUGGGCGCUGUAUCCCAGGGGCCUGGCAGUGUGAUGGGCUUCCAGACUGCUUUGAUGACAGUGAUGAGAAGGAAUGCCCGAAAGCCAAGUCCAAGUGCGGUGCCACGUUCUUCCCCUGCGCUAGCGGGAUCCACUGCAUCAUUGGCCGCUUCCGGUGCAACGGCUUCGAGGAUUGUCCCGAUGGCAGCGAUGAGGAAAACUGCACAGCGAAUCCCUUGCUUUGCUCUACUGCCAGAUUCCACUGUAAAAAUGGUCUUUGCAUUGAUAAAAGCUUUGUGUGCGACAGUCAAAAUAACUGUCAAGACAAUAGUGAUGAAGAAAGCUGCGAAAGCCCUCAAGAGGCAGGCAGCGGCCAAGAUUAUGUGACCUCAGAAAAUCAGCUGCUUUACUACCCUAGUAUUACCUAUGCGAUCAUUGGUAGCUCUGUCAUUUUCGUACUUGUGGUGGCCUUUCUUGCUCUAGUCCUGCAUCACCAACGGAAACGCAACAAUCUCAUGACCCUGCCAGUGCAUCGACUGCAGCACCCUGUUCUGCUGUCCCGGCUGGUGGUCCUCGAUCACCCACACCACUGCAGCGUCACCUACAAUGUCAACAAUGGGAUCCAGUACAUGUCCAACCAGGGCUACCACAGGCCAGUGGACCUGGACUCUCCGCCAUCCUAUUCAGAGGCUGUGCUCGACCAAAGCAGACCGCCUUGGUUUGACCUUCCUCCACCGCCUUACUGUUCUGAAUCAGAAUCCCCUAGCCAGCCAGAUCUUCCUCCUUACCGAUCUCGGACGGGAAGCUUGGUGAGCACAGACACUCCCAUGGCAGGAAGCCCUCUGGGCACAGCCACCAGUUGGACAAGAGACAUCCAUGACAGCAUGGAUGGCCACAGAACUGUUCUCGAGAGGACAGCAGAUCAAAGUGAUUCUCUCAUCAACCACACUGCUGAAAGAGAAGUGUAACUGCUCCAGUGUUUGAGAUGGGCAGGAAGGCAUUUACUGUUUCAACUCUGUAUGGGUUAAUUGGCUGUGGCUAAUAGGUUUCAGAGGGACAUGUGCCUGAGUGAUUACUUGAUUUGAAUCCACACUGAGUUAAUACUUGGAUUCAGCAUUUUGGGCUCAUCAAAGACAGAGCCGUGAGAGCUAAACCUAGAGUCAUAUCAGCUCUCCGCAAUAUUUCUGCAAGCAAGUUCUGGUUCAGACCAGUAAAAAACCCGUAAGUGCUGUGUCAAAGAACUGAUGUGAUGUCUUUCUUGAACUAUUUUAUGUACAUGAAUGUAUAUAUGUGCAUGUAUAAAAUAUACAGGUAUUGCACACAAAAGCUAUGCCAGAAGGACUCUUUUGUUCAGACUGCCUCCCGUCCUGGUGACAUGUGAGCUGUUUUGUCUUACUGCCUGGUGCCAGCUGGUGGUCGCUGAGCACGUGAGAGGCAGUCUCUCUGCUUGGAGGUCUGGUGCCCAAUGGCAGUGAUCAAAUUGCAGAUGUCCUACUUGACCCUUCUCUUCAUAGCCUGGAACAUUCUCACUGUGAAUGUAAUUUUCAAAGUUUAAGCUUGUGAGGAUGCAACAACUCUGAGCAAAUCAGGGUUUUUUCCCCAGAUGCUAAUAUCCAGGCCAAAUUUUUACAGGCUUUCUCAGGAACAGUGCAAAGGUUGGCUUAUCUGUCCGACUUCAAGGCUGAGUACAGAGGCACUGAAGCUUCUCAACAAACCAGCACAAGAUUUCUUUUCAAGUGUGGCAAAAUAACAUUACUUAAAAAAAAAAGGCACACCAAACAACAGCAGCAGCAACAACAAAACCCCAACCAGAAAAAAACCCUAUACUGUUUCAACUAAAUCUUAAGCACCAAAAUCAGCCUGAGGCAAACACCCAUCACAGAAAGCUUUAGUGAGGAUGACUAGUUUGUUAUAUUUGUAAACUAACUGAACGCAGGUCAUGUAGUGAAAGGUGUUGGGCUUGUUGGCCCUGUCUGCAGUGUGUAUAUGUACAUGCAUGGAUACACAUUUAAUACUGUGUGUAUGUAUGUGUAUUGCAUAGGUUUAGUUCUGCUGCACCAGUAGAACUCUAAAAUGUCAAUGUUCCACUCAUUCUAUUCUCAUUGGGGUUUAUGGAGUUUGCCUUUAUUUGUGUUCGUUUGGUUGAAAUUGUAGCUUCUGCAGACAAACAGAAUUAUUUGUGUUCACUUUGUCUUAACUCUUGAAAUGGUCUCCUGUGAAGUGUGUUUCAGUGCACAGUGUUGAAUCAUCCCUGGGAAAGUGUCUCGGAGGUAAAGAUAUUCAGAGUGGCAAGAGGGAAGGUAAGCUGUGAAUUUAAAUGCCACUACAGUGCUGUGCUUGUGCUCAGUGUACAGCAAACAAUGCAGUGUCUUCCUUUUGUCCAGAGGGAAAUUGGCCCUGAAAAAUUAUUUAUAUUUGUCUAUCAGACACAUUUCCCAUGCCUCCUUUCAUGUAAUGAAGUGUCAUUAACAGACUUUGCUGUGUAAUGGAAAUGAAGGAAGCCGACGGCCCACAUCAUCUGCUUUUUUCUUCCCUACUUUUCUAAGGAAACUUCUUUCACCCAAAGGUUAUGCUCAGAACCCAAGAAUUUUUGAGCUUGAGUGUAGGUAGGGGAACGACUUGGGUUCAGUCUCAGUUUCCACAUGUACAAAUUUUUUUGUGGUGUUGCUUUUUUUUUUUUUUUUUUUUCCUUUUAAAUACCAUAGCAGUAGCUGGAAACGAAGAGGCAGGGGCCAGGUGGAUAUACAAGCACAGGUCAUUCCAGAACUGAGAUGAUACAGUGAAGAGUUCUGGAGAAUUUUAACGCUGGAUUUGGAAGCAGAUGAAUGGCAGCCUUUCAUACAGACUUAGGCAGCCUGUCUUGAAUUGUGCUGCUGGAGAUGCUCCAAGGUCCUUGUAAAGCAAUGUACAAGAUCGGGUCAGAUUUCAUCCUUGCUGGGAGCUCAAGCAAUGUAAUUACGCUGUCCUUCACAAAGCAGGACGUGGCUAAUUAAUGACUCCAUCCGACUUCAUAGGCAAACUGUUGUCAUCCCCACCUAGCAGACAGUUCCAUUUCAUUUUGCAGGUAGGUUAAACUUGGGUUUAACUAGCUGAGUUAACAGUAAAGGUCAGUGCAGGGCUGUCUCCAGUGAACACUGGACCCUACUGUCCCUCUUGCCUUUCGCUGUUUCUGUUCAGCCUCUGUAAGAGAGCUACAUAAUGCUGUAUCUGAAUUAGCCUUAAUGUUUUUCUGUUCCAGUUUUAAAAACAUUUUAUUGGACUUCACUGCAAACUCUUCAACAUUAUGUUUUAGUUUCGUUAAAGUAAAUAUAUUUUUACAGUUGCCUAAGGCUGUAUUUCUGAAACUAAACCAGUGUUCAGUGUAGCUUACAUGGCAUGUAUUCCUCAUGCAAGUCUUCCAUGGGGAGUGCAUUUCACUAUGUGUAUUCUAAGACACCAGGGUGUGUGCAAACUGAAUAUUGUUUUCCUGUGGCAUCAGAAAAACAUUGCCUUGCAUUACUAAGAAGUAGGAAAAGAGUGGACAUAGCCGGCUUCUUCUGGCUUCUGUGUCAGUCACUCAUAUAUGUACAUAUAUAUAUAUAUAUAUAUAUAUACACUACAAAAAACCCCCCAAACUUUCAGGUUGUAUAUAUUCACGUAUCUUUUGCAUUAAGAUAAUCCAUUUGGACUUUACAAGUAAAAGAAGGAAAAAACAUUCUGAACGGUGUGACGUUUUCCCUUCCAGUUAAGGGUGUAUUUAUCUUUGUAUAGGAUUCUUCUAGUUUUUGAGAACAUGCGUUAAUAAAUGGAGAUUGUGCCUUUCUGAUUGAAUGUUGAUUUGGGAGGCUAUUAACUACAUUCCUGGGUGUUGUUACAUAUCAUUGUCUAGAGAUCCAAAAAGAAACAAGUCUUGUCUUCCUCUUUGUUGUUACUUAUGGAGACCACUGAACUUUGAGGAGUACAGAACUUUAGUAUCUUGUUCCAAAAAGGCAUGUUGAAACUUUAAGGGGGCCUUUCAUCUUACUCCCGUUUUCUGGUUUGUAAAGCAGAUUUGCUAGCUGGUUUCUUUGGAAAUUGCUGUAGUGUCACACAGAAAUUGUUUAUAAUGUGUCACUUCUAGUAGUGUUAAUACAGUGUUAUACUGCAUUAUUCAGUGGAAUCUUUGGGAAAGCAUGGUAGCAACAACCGUGCUGAUGAAAUUAAAUAUUUCAUUGAAAAUCCUGCAGCUUGUAAGGUUGAAGUUAAAUGUUCAUGAAAUAUCAGGUGGUAGAGUUUCGUUUCGGUAGCCGCUAAAAUUGGAAUCGAUCAUUCUGUUGUUUGCAAUAGCUUUUCACAUUUUAGUUUGAGGUUAGUCUUCCAGGAGCUUUUCUUUAUACUUAAUAUUUAUAAACAAGUGGAUGUUAUUUCAAAGACCUAUUCUUACAAAAGUAAAACUGAUCAGUUUUCUUCCAGAGCCAAAUUCUGAUUCCACAUCUGUAUUGAAUAGUGAGCACUGUAAUGAAUAGUUCACAGUGCAGGUAUUAAUAUAUUUCAUUCCAGCAAAACAAUUUGAAGAAAUGACUACUUGAGGUAGACAAAGGAAUGUGGAUUAGCCUGUUGGAAAUAAGAUUUGGGUUAUUUAAAAAUAAAAGAAAUAAAUUUCAGGAGUUUUGAGCGUAACCUCUGCUGAAUCCAGAGUGAUGUGUAUUUAAAAUCAGGCCAUUAGUGAAUCUGCUUGAUAAUAAUCUGAAUUUCCUUGUAAGGCAAAUUACAGUUUACUUCUCUGGUAUUGUGCUAAUAGAAAACUGGCAGUAAUGCUUAUAAAAGAGAGCCUGUGAAGAAUUUUCUCUGCUCUUGUCUACAGUGACACACAUGACAACAGUGACUGCAUUGCGAUUUUUAAAUAACUGCAUUGAUUCUUCCUUUCCUUUUAAGUCAAAUCAGUUUUAUUUACACCACUUCACUUUGAUACAGCUAAUAGGGCCCUUGUGAUAGAUUUAGAAGCUGAGUGGAGGAAAGAGAUGAUGACUCUCAUUUUAAUUAAUGCUGCAGCUUGUUAAUCUCGCGUGCUUUACUUUUUAGACAUCUUAGGAAAGACAAAUGGUUUUAGUAGAUAAGAAAAACUAUUAACGAUGGAAAGGAUAGAGGGAUGCUGAUUCUGAAUUUAAUUUUUAAUGAAUAUUUAAAAUUGUAUAAAUGAAGGAAGAAUUUAAUGCUGUAUUUUUUAUGUGGUGAUCAGAUGGCAAGUACUGUUUUUAACUUUUGCUCAUCGGAGGCUACUUUGCCUAUAAUGCCUGGAACUAAAUUGGUAAAAUGAAUGGUGGUCUUGCAGUUCGUACUGGAUCUGAAAUAUUUUUUAUUAACACAAGGUUAUUUUGCACCAUGGACUAAAAUAUGGACUGCAGAAAGAAUUUAAAUACUGUGCUGGAUUCUGCCGGAAUGUAUCCCAGUACAGGACUGUGGCCUUCAUUUGUCCUUUUGUUUGUUUUUUUUUUUUCUCUCUGAUCUGAGAGGUUUUGUCAACCUGAAAUGGAGAUGUUACAUAAGAGCUUUUGGGAGGUUGUAUCUUGAAACCCAGCCUUGUCUUGAACUUUUGUAAACUGGAAAGCUUCAAAAAUGUACUCUGUAUUCCUGAAUAAAGUUGGUGUUUUAAUACUGUUCACAA